AUGAACUACCAAGAUGCUUACAUUCAAGACAAAAAACGUAAAUUAAGUCAAGAAAUGGAUUCUGAUUUAAUGGAAGAAAAAUUAACAGCCUUGAAUGUCGAGCAAAAAGAAGAUAUUAACAUGUUGAUGAAUGAAGCUAUUGCUACAGUUGUUGCUACUAGUCCAUUAACUGUUGAUGAAUUAGAAAGAAGAAAUAGAGCUUUAAUUAUGAUUGAAGAAUUUUUAAAGUCGGAAAAUUCAGAAUUAAAAAAAUCUUUAAAUCAAAUGCAAAAGGAAAAUAAAGUUCUAAAAGAUGUUUUAAAAAAUGAUUGUCAAGUUAAUUAUAAAUAUAUUAAUAAAUCUUAUGAAUAG